CAUUACUAUCUACUCCGAUUUCUCAACCCACUUCAACUAUCAGCACUCUGAUACAACUCUAUGGCUGCUUCUGCUUCGAGUUUUUUCAACCUCGAUGCCAAUCCUUCUCAGGGGGAGGGACAGGUACCCUUUACUCCUCAAAAAUCAUCCUAUCCUUCGUUUGCAGGCAAUUUCUCCCAAAUUAUGCCUACUGGAAUGCCGUUUUUUACUGGCUAUCCGAAUUCAACUAUGGCCCCAUCAUUCUUUCCUAUGGCGCCUUUCCCGUUUACUCAGGAUAACCCAUUCUUUACGACGUCGAAUAUGGGUGCUACAGCAAUGCCCCAUGCUCCGAAAUCGUCUUCUACUGCGAUGGAAGGAAUUAUAGAUUCCAAUCCAGUUCCGAUGUUUGGUAACAUAUUAACCAACCCCACAUCGUGCACUCGAGUUCAGGAAGCUCCAGAAACGAUCUCCGAACUCAGUAAACACUGUAACCAUCAUGGAGAAAUGGUUAACGAUGAUAUUACUGCGGCUCUUGAGUCGUUCACUCUCGACUCUGGACCCUCGGAUUCACUCAUGAAUGCACCUAAUCAUACUGCAGAUCAUGAUAUUCAACAGGAACUCGUAAAGCUUCGCCAUGAUAACGAGUUACUUAAGACCAGGAUGGAAUCUCUAAGUGCUCUCCAGUCCCUCACUCCGACCACAGAACAUGCUGCCACUUGGGACCGUCAUUCCCGCACGUCUCGAGGUAUGCACGACCAUCGUCCAUAUCCUGCAGUUCCUCAUACACGAGGAACUCGUCGACCUUCUCCUCCGAGAGCAGAUCUUUCCUUUCACGAGACUUAUUACGCGUCACUUCAAGGAUAUGAUCCAUCCUGCACGGUUCCUAUCACAGCUGUUGACGCCACAUCAAUGAUUGACGUGGCCCACACUCCUAAUAACUGGGUCAUUGUUGAUCGAAUUUCAAACGUGAUCACUGCUAUCCGACGAAAGCAGUCCGUUAACCUCGUUUGCGAGCGAAAUGGACGCCCAGCCCCUUAUCCUCUCAUCACUGAUGGUGAACGUACCCUUCUAACUCAGUGGAAUCAUCGCCGUCCUCGCUGGCUAGGACAAAUUCCUGACUUAAAGCCCCAAACACAGGAUGGGAAUAAUGGCAGGGACUUACCUCUGCUCCCUCCUCCUCCUGUGAAGGUUACUGCACCCGAGGAUACUUGUCUUGACCCUCAAUUGUGGGCAAGCUUCAUCUUCCUUCAUGGCACGGAACGUCAUUACCCUGGUAUAUCUGUCACGACUACCGGAUCUGUCAAUAUCCGUACCCUGGCUGGGUAUCUGUUAUUCCAAUCAAUCAUUCCGAGUAACGCAACCCGAGUUAAUCGGCAUGGCUUUGCCAUCGCUCUCGCUAGCGUGCUGGUCCAUCCCAUUGUAUAUUCAGACAUUUGCCGUGAUCGACAUCUUACCAUUGCAGACUCAGAAAAGUUGGUUCCAUUUCCUCUUUCCCUCAUCAGUCGAGCCUCUCAGUUUGGCAUCGUUACUCACCUUGCUAAAUGCGGAGUCAAGUACUCCCACAUCUGUUAUAUCCAGCCUUAUGGCCGAGAGCUACUUCUUGCAGCUACUCGGCGCUUUAAGGGUACCCUCCGUACUCGUGCCUACAAGGCCCUGGACGACUUCGCAUGGCGUAUCCAUCAUUUUGAUCUCCCCCGUGAUAUCUCCGUGUUCCAGGACAAUUCCGCUCCUCAGAUCUAUUGGACGGCUCCCAUUGAAUGGGACUUAAUUCCGAUCCUCGAAGCACGUCGCAGACAUUUCCUCAAUUACCCAAUCAUUCGGGAGGCCACGAGCAAGUCUAAUAGAUGCCAUCAGCACACUGAUCGCGUUGAUUAUAGAGCUGAAACUUCUUUGCCCGUGACCGGAGAUGCAGACGUACCUAUGGCUGGAGAUGGCGAUGCUUCUCAUGCAGGCCCAUCCAUCACGCACUUGUCGACUGCUCCUACCGCUUCCCCAUCAACCAAGGCCUCUAUCGCGAUGACCAUUACUUCAGGCUCGAACUCGAACGUUGAUGGCGAAGCCGACGAGCUCGAUUCACAGGACAAUAACAGGAUCUUAUUGUAAUUUGACUCUUUCGUCGAGAUUGCUUCCCUAUGCCCAAUCUCAAGGGGGAGGGUGUAAGGGAUCUGGACUUUAUCUAUGUACUAUUAUUUACCUACGUCUUUAGCAGCGCCCGUUAUCCUUCCGAGUUCAGACUUUCACAUCUGAAUCACUUACUUUCAUCAUCUACGUUUACCUUACUGCUUGUAUCUUUGACUCUCUCUCUCGCAAUACACCCUGUUGGCGUGUGUAGCUCUUCGGUUAAAGGACCUCGUAAGGUAUCGUAACCUUUACAUUU